UCCUUAUUGAGUAUCACUAUUCGGAGUAUUUCGAGCCUAAUGUGAUUUUCCUCAGUGCCUAGGUGUAACUUAUGUACUACUUGUUAGCUUUCACUUUUAGGUAUGGUUUAAUUAGCAACGUAACUUUUUUCUGUUGCAAUUUCGAACACUUCUAGGAAAAUAUAUCGCUGAGGUACUCGCAAACUUCAUAUUCAAAGGUUUCCUCAGUACUUUCAUCAUUGAGAUUAUUACAUCAGUCGUGUACAACUCGAGUGAUCUUUGAAUGAACUUCAACAUGUGUAAAUUGGACUGCAACGAGUAUGCGAAGACACUGAAAAUGAGAAACAUUUCGUAAUCGUGUGUUAAUGAAUGUACAUCAAUCUGAAUGCGAUAUAUCCUCUUUUGAGACUCUAAAAUACUCGAUUACAUUGUCGCACGUUGUCGAGUGGAUAUAAUUCCGUCGAGUUUUCAAUCCACAAGAAUAAGCCAUGACGAUUUCAAUGUUAUAACUCCUCGUGUCGUAAACGCGUACACUUUUUUUACCAUAUCAUUUCAAGGUAAAAUUUAGUGAAAAAUGGAUUCUCAGUGUCAUUCAGGUAUUCUAUAGUUGAACUACAUAUAUUCUCGAUGGGUUGACAUUACUCUGGCUGUUCGGUGUUUUAUGAUGAAAUCAUUCGUGUGUGGUAUUUUGCUUCUGUUGUAUAGGAAUGUACAGUUGCUGUACAAUGUACACGUUGCCAAUAUACGUAGGUAGGUACCUGUCUACCUCGUGCUGAGCGUUUCUCUUUGAAUUGGCGUAUACCGGCGAAAUAUUCGUUUGUUUGGCUAAUAAAACGAAUCAAUACCUUUGAACAAUUCCAUCAGAUAUACCUUUACCUACUUUGAAACAUUUUCAGCCUAUUUACCAAAAAAAAAGUAUAGGAUUUGUUGAAUUGAAAUCAUUUACGAUGAGCAAUUCUUCGUAGAUAUCUGAAUUCUAUUUGUCUCUAUUAUUUUCAUGCUAACCUCGUGUAACCGAUCCGAUGCCCAUCUGUUCGAGUUGUUUUUGUUUACAUCGAGGAUGAUUAACCUAUGAUAGACGUCAAUGUAUCGUAAUUUGCUGACUUGACACUUUAACAUUUGAAAAAGGCAACGUAAGGGAAUACACUGGAAUCCUUUUACGUUAACAAAGCUUACUUUUAGUUAGUUCUUACUUAUUUUUAUUUUAAAAUUAUCUACCAGUCUACCACACGUGUAUUGAACACAUCGAGAACAGGGUGUAUCGCAUGUUUGAAACUAGGUCUUCUCGUGUAAGGUUUCAUAAUUACGAUAUUAGUAUUUAGCGAAGUUAAAUUUUGUUACGGACGAUCUGAAUUGAUUACUUAAUUUUAAAUACGAGUUCAUAAUACGUAUCUAAAUGUACCAGUAGCACGACAAAACUUGAGUUUUAAUCGAACGAAAAUUUUCGACUGUGAGUUUUCAAACCCUGGCGUAGAGUGCGUGAAAACCACAUUGUUCGAAUAGUUUUUAAACGACGAGCUUCGAUGGUUAAAAAUAACUUCUCCAGAAUGGUGAAAUCUUUAUUUAGUGUCUCUGAUGUUGUGUUCUGCAUCAUUAUUUAAGAUUAAUCUUGGCCCAUAAGUGUACAGAUGAGCUGAACAGUGAGGACUAAGGAGGAGGGCAGUCCAUGUACGUGAAUUUGUUUUCGGUUCUGUAAGAGUGCUUGAACUUUGACAUAUUUUACGACUCACGAUACUCGAAAACUUUUGAAAUCUUGAAGUUUCACUCAAAUUUGAUCUCUGUAUCCUUAGACCUGAUUUACACCUCUUGAUCUUGAUAACUUCAUUCAUUCCUUUUCCUCGUAUAGGCUCAUACCAUAGAUAAUUGAUUUAUUUUUUUUUAUCAAUUUUCAACUAACGAAGUACCACACAGAACGUCUGAACCUAUUAAAGUCGAGAAUAUAUUAAAAUGAUAACAACUAUGAGAGAAUUCACUCAAAGUCUGGUCAAUUAAAAAAACAACGAUUUCAUUCCAACGAGUGAAAUCACUCGUCAUUAAAUUAGCCGAAAAAUUGAACAAAAUUUCCGGAACCGAGAUUAAUUUUUCCAAAUAACGUUGACAUUUGUAUAGAAAUGGGAACAGCUGCGUCACCGAGAUCUCCCGCUUUGUCCGAAUCAUUUUCUAAUAAAGGCCUCUUCUUUCUUGGCUGUGUGCAGCUUCUUUUAAAAAUUAAAAAUAAACCGGCGGCGUAGCGUGGUUGUGCUAUACUUGAAUUCAAAAACUAAACGAGUUCUUUUUCAAAGCCCAGUCUUAUUUCGCUUGUCCCUUUUAUCUGUGCGAAGUGCGAACACGACCAGUGUCACUGUCAAGGUAUUCAAGGAUCUAGGUAGUUGAUAGGAGUGUAAACUAUAGGAAAAGAAACACGAUAUCUAUGCGAUAAAAAAGGUAUAUUUUUUCGAAAUGAUUAACGAAUAGUUCGAUAAGUUUUGGAACAUCUAGAUUCUAGACAUGAGAUUUGAUUGUAUUUCAUUUUAGGGUGCAAAGUAUAGAGACAAUUUGAAUUAAACUUAGGAACUAUGUUUGUAUGGUCUGCGCGUUUAAUGUGUUGCCUCGUGAAAAUCUGAGGGGCGAGGAGGAGGGGGUGGAUUUGAUUUUUUUUCAAUAAUCAUUAAAAUAGUUUUGAUGAGGAGAAAAAAGACCCUUAUACCAUUCAUUUGUUGAUUAAGUGAUCCCCUUUAGUUGUCAUCUGAUUUCUUUUCCAGCUUGUUCGUGUGAGCCUCGAUCCGUGGCCACUGCUGUCUUCUUCGUUGUAGCUACUUUUUGAAAUUCAGAGACAAACGCACGUGCUCUGAUUUGUAGUUUGUUAUUUAUUAAUGUGUUUGUUCUGACUUCUGAGUAUUCAAAAAAUUAGUCAGAAAUUCACUUUAACAGUGACUCAAUUGAAAUUUCACGUCAACUGCCUAAAACUGUCGAGAGGGUACCCAGUAAGUAAUUUAUAGGUGCUCAAUUUGAUGUUUUACUCUUCUAGAGCAAUUUCAAAUUUACGGAGAAAAUUGAAAACAUGCCGGAGGCUGCACAGAGUGGCCAAAAUUAUCAAAAAGUUGAAAAAUAACCAUAAGAACGCCUUUGAUUUCUAAGUUUUCAAAAAUUCGUCAAAAUUCAAAAAUGAAUGGGGGUUUUGUGACAUGUAAAAAACGGAGUGUCAGUUCAAAAAAUUUCCUUGCUUGGCUGGUAUAGGCUGGUAGAGGUGCUUGAAAAUGUGAGCCAUUUACAUACAAUAACUAGGUACUGCAAUUUUAAUGAUAAGCUCAGAGGCGUAAAGGUCCUGUUUUUAAAGCUCAAGAAUAUACUUUUUUACCUAGUUCGAAGGGAUCCUCUGAAUUUGUCUACGUAACAGUUCAGAAAUGUCGAAUAAAUCAGUUUUUUUCCCAAAAUUUUCUUCAUCUUCAAUUUUUUAUCCCUCAAGAAAUAUUGAAAAAUUAGAGUGUUUGAGCUAAAAAUGUGAUGUUUUUCAAAAAAAAAAAAUUUAAUAAAUUAAUGAAAGUAUGCUCUAAAAAUGUUUAAAUCAAGUUCAUACCUGAUAUUUUCUGUCAGUUUUCCAAAAACGUUUUGGAAAAAGAAUUUGAAUGGCCGAGACCAGAGCAAGGUAGCAAUUUUGAAAAAUGGCACGUUUUAGUAUCCAAUAUUUUAGCAUGUUUCAGAUUUUAAAUUCAAAAAAAAAAAAAAUUCAACAUUCUGAUUUAGGCUCUGAAAAAAUUCCAACUAGGCAACUACUACCAUUUUCAAAAAAAAAAAAAAAAAAAAAAAUGAAAAAACAAAGGAAAAAAAACAAAAUUUUGAUGAAUUUUUUUGGGAAAAAGUGGAAUUUUUCCAGUCAAGUGAUAAUUUUUGUAAAAUUUUCAAACAAUUCUAAGAAUUGAACAAACAGUGAAAUAUUUCCAAAAAAACCAUCUUCAGAAGUACCUACACAACUCUCUCAAGGUGCCAAAAAAUCGUGCUUGUACAGGGUAUCCACAAUUUUUGGUAAGUCAUUUUCCCUGACUUUUCCAGGUUUUCCAGACCAUUUUUUCCAAUUUUCUAUACUUACCCCAACUUUAAUUAAGUCAGAAGUUGGGGGGGGGGGGUGUAAUUUUUUUUCAUAAAUUUCUCUUUGAACUGGAUAUUUCUUGGGAUAUAAAGAAAAGCUAAACUUUGAAAAUGAAGGGCCCCGUCUAAAAAAUAAGCUAUUUUUAGGUUUUUGAGAGAGGGGAAAAUUUUUCUUUUCUUUUUUGGAUUUUUAGAGGCCUCAAAGUGUGAAAUUUGUUUAUUUUAAAAUUUUUGAAAAUUUGCAUUUCAAGAGGCAUAACACGAGGUUUUUUAUGUGAGGAUGGUGUCGUAUAAGGAUGCCUAAAUAGAAUAGUUAGGCAAUUAUACUGGCAUAAAUUCGAUGAUCCUCUUCAAGAUUAAAAUCAUAGGUGGGAAAAUUGAUAACUUAUGACGUUAGGUACUUACCUACCUAACGUCAGUAUGUUUUCGGUAAUUCGAGUAUAUGAACGUGUUCGUUCGAAUAUUUUUUAUCUUUUUUGAUAAUGUAAUUAUUGAACAUUCUAAGUGCAAUUAAAUGGUGUAAUAUUUCGGUACGAGAGUUCGAAUUAUUUCAAAUGAUAUUUUUUCAACUUUAGUUCCUGAGUAUGCAUCAAAUGGAGUAAGUUCUUAAUUCGAGCAAACCGGCUAGGCUGAGGUAACUCCUCAUGCCAUAGUUCCGGGCAGUAUUUAGGGCUUUCUCAAACUAGGCUACUAUAUAAUUCAGCUAAGAAUUGUAGUCGCAACUUAUUAAUUAGAUAAUCAAGGAGAUGGUUUAUUUUUAAGCUUGCAAUUUAGAUAAUCCAGUUAAGGAUUUAAUUCGCCUAGUUUUCAAAUUAGAUAAUCUAGUGAAAGAUUUCAAUAUAUAACCAUCCCAUUUUAUUCCUUUGGAAUUAAAAUGUACGUAAUUUUAGUAUUACUAAUUCGAGUUAGAUAAAACUAGGACAUCGUCCGAAAAUGGUUUAUGAUUGUAGACUCUGUCUACCUGUAAAUAGAUAUCUUCCCCUAUUUUGGUUUGAAAUUACUCGAAAACUAUCUCCAUUUACUUUGAGCAUUAAUUUAUGUUGAUAUAGGUAGGUUCUCAUUUCCUAUAUAAACUCACCCCAUUUAUCUUAACAGUAAAAUUCCUAUACCUAUUCCUACUCACUUACGUUCCCUAGUCUAAAAAUUUUCCUAUUAAUAAAUCAAUCUAUAUCACAUAAAUUAAUUUGGCGCCCAACGUGGGGCUAGGGCUUAGUGUGUAAUAGGUAUUAUUUAAUCCUAUAAAAAAUUCAUUUUUCGAAACUUUUGUGUCAAAAUUCAUAUUCGAACAUGUGUUCAAAAUGUAGGUAUGAAGAUAGGUUUCGAAUAAUAAAAUAUGGCCGAUGAUAGAAUUAUAACUCGCGUUAUCUUUAUUUCAUUGUGAGACACUCUCGCCUAAUAGUAAAGUACGGUCCGCAUGUGGAUAGGUACUGAAUUGGUAGGUACCUAUCUACUUAGGGAACUAGUUUGUGAGAGAGUGUAUUUUUGCAUCAAGCAGAAAGCAACGAUAAUUAUACAAGUCUUUUCGUUGUACCAACUUUGUAAAGUAUUAACAUUCGAGUACCAGAAUAAAACCAGAUAACGAUAUCGACUUAUAUUUUCGAAUCAUCUCUAUCACAUCGACAAAGUACCAGCAAACCAUCAUUAACAGCUGCAUAUAAUAAAACACGUAGAUACAUGUAAUUUUAAAUACAGUACUUUGUAUAGCUACGGCUUGGAAGGAUUUUGAUAAAGGCCACAAAAUUAAAUUACCCUCUCCCGCGUAUAUUCAAUUACCCGUGUAUGAGAAAUACGCCUUAGUAUUAAGUUUAUGUUUUUCUAAUAAAAAAUCCAUUGAAAAAAAAAAAAAUAAAUAAAUAAAUGAAGAGUAUAGAGGAAUCAACAUCGUGUUGACUAAAUUCUCAGAAUCGUACGUAUUCGUUUCUCUAUUGUAUUAAUUCGCCAUUUUGUGUUUCUUAUCUUUCUAGUCUCCAACGAUCGCAACAUUGAGUAUUUCGACUAAGUAUUUGUCUUGCCUUUGUAAUGUAAACAUCUCGUCUUCGUAUGUAUUUGCGUUUGCGUGUAAUUUGUUUUGAUUUUAAUUCUGUUUUUUGAUUUUGAUUUGAAAGAAAUUCGAGUAGCGUAAUUGCGAUCGUUUCCGAACUUUUGAGAGUAAAUUCUUAAUUAUUUUCGCUUUUAGUGAAGUGGAGUUCGUGUGAUCCGCGAAGUUGUGUCGAAUUCGAUCUUAUAUCAUCAACCUAUCCUGUCGUAUACGUGGGAAUUGAUAUCAAUUUUAUGAUUUACAGUUAUUAUGGCAUUCGUAGAGAAUAAAGCAUAUUCAAUCUGCAAUCGGAAUCACGUCCAUCCGAUGCGCACGACGAAAGAAAGUUACCAUGAUUUCGAAUGUAUUCCGGAGAAUCUUGAAAUUCGAGUAUUGUAUACACGUUCGAACCAAAACCGCCAUUUGCGAAUGAUAUUUGCCAAAGUCGACUGUCCUAUCGAAUACAAAAUACGCACCGCCAUCGAAAGUAUGAAAUUAGCCGCUGAUAUUGAGCAUGUUUACGUGGAAAGUGAGUUCCACCGCGUCGAACUUUUCAUACGUGAUUUUAUCGCGAUGUCUUUCGCCAAAGACGAAUUUGAAGAGCUAAAACCAAUAUUAGCUGCCGACGUUCCUGCUUAUUCAAAUUUUUCAUCGUCUGUCACGUUUGAAAUUUUGGGUCUUGAGAGUUUCGUCGACGACUCUAUCAAAACUCUUUGGAAACCGUCUGGACACGGCGCAACGCCGAAUCCAGAUUCUGCGAACUCGAGUGAAAAUCAAGCUAUCAAUUCAGCGUUCGACUCAUCAUCAAAAUGCCCUACCCAAGUACUCGCAAUCGAAUAUCCAGUUAAUUCACCAGAAAGCAAAGAAAAGAAAAAGGUUGAAUUUACUGAAGAUACGAAACUUGGUGAUAAUAGCAACGAUUUCAACGACGAAGAUGAUUGGUUUUAUGACGAUUACCAAGACGAAGAUUUUGUUACUGACUCGGAAUCGGAAGAAGUAAUUAAUCUUUUGAAUAAAACGUGUCAAAAAAUUGAUAAUUUGAUGGUCACCGUUACGAAUGAUCAACGCUGUGUUCGUGAAUUACAAGUUCGAUUAACGCGAUGUGAUGGGAAAACGGUGAAUCAACUCAAGAGCCCCGAUGAAGGUGUUCCAGACCCGAAAAAGUCAGCUACAGAAAUCAAUAACUCGAGUAUACCAGCUGUCAAAAUUCCAACGAAUCGUUCGAAGCUCCUACCUCCUUCACACUCACCAAUUUCGAGUACCAUGACCAUAGAUGAAGUUGUAGCGAAGUUCAAAGCACAUAAAGAAUUGACAACCGAACCUCUUCCUUCUACCUCGAGUCAACCUUCCAUUUCUGUGUCACAACCGAGUGUCAGUAAUAAUAAUGCUACCUGCGGAACAUCAUCUAACGACCAACAACCUGCUGAGACAAAUCAAGCUAACCAUAUUCAAAUACCCGCCGCAGUUCCAAUUCGAGGUGUAAAUUACCUUACUACUCACUUUCCAAAUUUAAAUUUUGGUGAGAUCGAUGGUCCUCAAAUUUUCACGGAAGAGCUUGUUGAUCGAAAUUUGAUACCAAUCUGUGAACUCGAACCUUAUGUACCGUAUAAUUUCCCAGCUGAGUAUCAACAAAUUGCGAUUAAUUGGAAUCCUUCGAUGAGAGAUUUUCCCAAUCAUCACUUGAGAUUGUGGAAUGCAAUGACGAGAGGAACGUACGUGCACUUCAAAAUCGUAAUACCCAGAUACCACUUGUACAGACAAAGGCAAACGUUCGAAUGGCCACGAAUCCAUCUGGAGGCAGUUGCGUGGCGCAAUCAUUUGAACUUAGUGAGACAGACGUUCCGAGACGAGAUUUAUCCGGUGAUUCACGUACUGCCACCCGUUUGGUCAUAUAAUCGGGAAUCAGAUUUCGAUUAUUUACUCACAAUCUUGGGUAAAAUUCACAAUGACAACGUAGAGAUUAUAUUCGAUCCGACCCUCGAGGUUUCUCUUGUGAAUGACGCUGCUCUGACUUUCUUUGAUCGAUAUGUCUCAUUCAACUUCGAAAUAAUGGAACAUGCUAAAGCCAUAUACGUUCCCUGGCUAGAUGAAUUUCGCUUGACCACAAGAAGAAUAACUGAGGUGCCAUUAAAGCUCACGCCAGAUAUACCUUUCCACGUUAAUGAGAGUCAUAACAUCAGAUGUCACGUCGUAGAUUUCCAGACUCGUCGGAAACAUGAGGCUCACCAUGGCACUGUAAUUAUUGGUAGGCAACAACUCGAGCCUUAUAUAAUUAGUUACGAUCCAUCCUCAGUUAUUCUCAAUUUAAGGGGACCUCCUCAAAACCCCUUAUCCCGAUCUGUACGAUGCAAAGUGAAGAUCCCUGAAGUUCGAUCGAUUGGGAUAAUGCGUAGUUUAGCUCUGAUGACUCGAGAGCAAUUACAAUUCGAAUUUCAGCCAGUGGAGAGGCACCUAAUAAAACAAACUCGAGGUGGUCGAUAGAAUAAAUAUCAAAGAUUUUCUUUUCGUACUCGAGUGGAUUGUAUCGAAUUUCGGUCAUGUUUCGAAUUCAUGUAUUAACUGUUUUGUAAUCGUCGUGUAUUUUGUUUGGAUGAUAUGUGUUUCCGAUUAUUGAUCUUUUUUCAUAUCUUUUUUUAUUUGUACUCGAUUGAUUAUAUCUUUUUGAUAAAAAUGUAAAUAUGUUGUUUGUUCAAAGUUAACCGAAUGUUUAAUGUUAUAUUAGAUAGAAUGUUUUUGUUUCAAAAUUUUUUUUUUUCGUAUGUUGUCAGUUUUCCCCUCCUAUUGAUUUUCUUUUUGUCGGGGGGAGAGUUUAUGUCGUAUAAGGAUGCCUAAAUAGAAUAGUUAGGCAAUUAUACUGGCAUAAAUUCGAUGAUCCUCUUCAAGAUUAAAAUCAUAGGUGGGAAAAUUGAUAACUUAUGACGUUAGGUACUUACCUACCUAACGUCAGUAUGUUUUCGGUAAUUCGAGUAUAUGAACGUGUUCGUUCGAAUAUUUUUUAUCUUUUUUGAUAAUGUAAUUAUUGAACAUUCUAAGUGCAAUUAAAUGGUGUAAUAUUUCGGUA